AUGGGCGUGCAGUGUGCCACCACCUUGCGUCUCAACCAUGCCAAAGUAGGCCUCGACGUCACUAAAGAGUCCGUCAAAUGCUUUGCUAUUCAUCUGCUUGGGAGCCACACCGAGUACAUGUUCGAUAAAGGCAUCCAUGUUGUUCAUGAAGAGGCGAGCGGAAACCACGUCAUUGCGCAACCUGCGCUGUUUAGUGCAGAUUGCAUGGGCAGGACAGCCAAGUUUGCGUCGAAGAGCACAUCAACGGACGUGAUGCCCGUAUAUUGGGCCAUGACGAACGAUUCGCCAACGUUUGGCGUCAAAGCAAAUGCGCGACGACGGCACUGCGCUCGCUCGGCGUCGCUUCCCCAAAUUACACCACCACUGAGCUCGACUGUAUUGAGAAACUUGCUAGCGGUAGAGGAGAUGUCGUCAUUCGAUGUCGUUCGACCUUGGCGGCGCAGCUCUUUCUGCUGGAGAGCUUCCAUUAACGAGUCUUCGGUAAUAGCACUGAAGGGUUCAAACAAGGCAGGAUUGCGCUUGCAUUUUAGUGCGACUUACUAUUUGACGUUCAACAACGACAGUUUCUGCGUCAGAAUUGUCGAACUCGGCGACUCCGCCUACACGAUCGCUCUCCACGUCUACAUCAUCAGCGUCAAUACUGGUAUUAUCCUCCUCACAAAUCAAGCGCUCCGGUAUGAUUUCCACUACGAGAUCAGAGCAGUCCACCACUAUAUCCUCGUAAAUAAGAUUGUGCUCGCGAUAGAAAGCGAGCAAGUCUUCGACAACGCAACACCGGACGAGAUGCAUUUGCCGUAUCCGAGCUUGCUGCUCUGUCGUUAA